CCCCCCGCGCGGCGCGACCCCCGAGGCCCCCGCGCGCGCCCCGGCCGCAGCGCAGCGCCCGCGUCCCUCCGGCCCGUUCCCGCGCGCUCCCUCCCCGCUGCGGGCUGCACGAUGGCGUUGGCCCUGGCGGCGCUGGCGGCGGUCGAGCCGGCCUGCGGCAGUCGGUACCAGCAGUUGCAGAAUGAAGACGAGCCUGGGGAACCCGAGCAGGCAGCCGGCGAUGCUCCUCCACCGUACAGCAGCAUCUCUGCGGAGAGUGCAGUAUAUUUUGACUACAAAGAUGAGUCUGGGUUUCCAAAGCCCCCAUCUUAUAACGUGGCUACUACGCUGCCCAGUUACGAUGAGGCCGAAAGAACCAAGGCCGAGGCCACGAUCCCCUUGGUUCCUGGAAGGGAUGAGGAUUUUGUGGGUCGGGAUGAUUUUGACGAUGCCGACCAGCUGAGGAUAGGAAAUGAUGGGAUUUUCAUGUUAACUUUUUUCAUGGCAUUCCUCUUCAACUGGAUUGGCUUUUUCCUGUCCUUUUGCCUGACCACCUCAGCUGCAGGAAGAUAUGGGGCCAUCUCAGGAUUUGGUCUCUCUCUAAUUAAGUGGAUCCUGAUUGUCAGGUUUUCAACCUAUUUCCCUGGAUACUUUGAUGGUCAGUACUGGCUCUGGUGGGUGUUCUUGGUUUUAGGUUUUCUCCUGUUUCUCAGAGGAUUUAUCAAUUAUGCAAAAGUUCGGAAGAUGCCAGAAACUUUCUCAAAUCUCCCCAGGACCAGAGUUCUCUUUAUUUAUUAAAGAUGUUUUCUGGGAAGGGCCUUCCUGCGUUUAUGAAUUCCCUCUCGAGAAGCAAGAGAACACCUGCAGGAAGUGAAUCAAGAUGCAGAACACAGAGGAAUAAUCACCUAAAAAAAAAAAGUACUGUCAAAAAAGAUCAUUUCUCUCUAUUUGUUCCUAGGUGUAAAAUUUUAAUAGUUAAUGCAGAAUUCUGUAAUCAUUGAAUCAUUAGUGGUUAAUGUUUGAAAAAGCUCUUGCAAUCAAGUCUGUGAUAUAUUAAUACUGCCUUCUAUAUUGUUUGUAGUCAUUUUAAGUAGCAUGAGCCAUGUCCCUGUAGUCAGUAGGGGGCAAUCUUGCUUUUUUAAUUUUCCAUUUCAAACUGAAUUUGGGACUAAAGAUUUUAGUGUAAGAUAUGUAUAAGGCUGAUUGUUUAAAGGGGUUUUCUCAAAAGUUAAGACUUCGGUUAUGACUACAUUUCUGCACAUAAUCCAUGUUUAAUGUUAAUCUAGAAAUGUAUUCAGUUGUAUUGUGUGUAAACACCUGAAAGCAAAAUCAUAGUGCAAAAUACAUUAAGGUGUGAUCAAAAACAUACAUUCUUAAUUGGUAAAUAAGCAUCCUUUUUUUUUAUAGUCUGUAUUCGAAACUUUGCAAUACCUUUUUGUUCUGUGGUAUGUACCUAAGGAAUUUUAAAGUGUUGUCACUGUAUAAAAUAGAAAGAACAAAGGUAAGUGCAGCUUAAAGUAUAAUUCUUGACCUAUGUAUGAUUAGAAUUCCAGUGGAUUAGGUACUAGGAGUAAAGAAGGAAUUAGCUUGGAACUUUUGAGAUGAUCCCUAAUAUACUGUACUACUUGCUUUUACAAUGUGUUAGCAGAAACCUAUUUGUUAUAAAUGUAGAAUGAUGUGCUUUCUGCCCAAGUGGUAAUUUACCUUGGUUUGCUAUAUUAAAACUGUAAAUAUAACAGAAUAUUAAUAAAUGUCUCUUGUGUAGCACCUUU